AUGUUUAUUUUCUUAGACAAAUUUCUUGCAUUCAAAACACCACUCGAUAGUCGUUAUAAUGAGAAAGUAUCUAGUUCCAAGUUGUGGACGUGUAGAAUGUUAAUUGAUUCCGUGAAAAGUCUUCACAGAACACUUGGAUUAAUUAUUGAUUUGACUAAUACCGAUAGAUUUUAUAAUAGUGAAACUGAAUUUAAACAAAAAAAUAUCCAAUAUGAGAAGAUAAGAUGUCGAGGACAUGAUGAAAGACCAAGUCCUGAGCAAAUAACAGAAUUCAUUGAUAAAUGUAAUAAAUUUUGGGAAACACAUCCAUCAGAUAUAAUUGGUGUACAUUGUACACAUGGCUUCAAUAGAACAGGAUUUUUAAUUUGUUCAUAUCUUUGUCGAGAGCUUGGAUAUAGUAUUGAUGCUGCCAUUGAUUCAUUUGCAAAAGCACGGAUACCUGGCAUUUAUAAACAAGAUUAUUUAGAUGAAUUAUUACAAACAUAUGGAGAUGAAAGUUUUAAAAAAAUUCCAGCACCCGCACGGCCAGAAUGGUGUUCUACUUACAGUGAUGACGAAGAUGAACCAAAAGAAAAACGGAUAAAUGGUCAAACUAAAAGAGUACAAAGGGUCGAACCGACUGCAAAACGAUUUAAAGACGACGGAAAAGUGAUGACAAAUCCACAAUUUGCUAUACCACUGCCUGGCGUUGUACCUGUCUGUCAACAACCAUGUCUUGGGAAUAUUCAACGAAAAUGCCACCAAAUGUGUGAUUAUCACAGGCAAGGUUUUCCUGGUUCUCAACCCGUUUCAAUGGAUAUAACUAAUUAUGAAACAAUUGUUCAAUCUCCCUAUAUGGUCAGUUGGAAAGCAGAUGGAACAAGAUAUAUGAUGUUAAUUGAAGAACAGGAUAAAAUUUAUAUGUUUGAUCGUGAUAAUAACGCAUUUCAUAUUCCUCACCUUCAUUUUCCAAAAGAUUCUGAUUUGAACAGUCAUAUAACAGAUACCUUAGUCGAUGGGGAAUUAGUAUCAGAUAAAGUAAAUGGUACAAUUGUGCCACGUUAUCUUAUCUAUGAUAUCGUCACAUAUGAGAAUCAAAAUGUUGCAAAGUUACCAUUCAAAGAACGUUUAGAUAUAAUUCAUAAAUCAAUCAUUAAACCACGUGAAGAAGCCGCUCAAAAACAUAUUAUUGAUAAACAACAAGAAUCUUUUAGUAUAAGAGAGAAAGGGUUUUGGCCACUAACAGCCUUGCCAAAACUUACUAGUGACAAAUUUAUACAGCAAAUUCUUCAUGAAGUAGAUGGUCUUAUUUUUCAACCAAUGCAAGAUCCAUAUAUACCUGGUCGGUCUGUUCGUGUAUUAAAAUGGAAAGAACAUAAUACCGUUGAUUUCCGCUUAAAAAUUAGUAUUGAUAAGUCAAAAACUGGUCAGUUACCGGAGAAGAGUGCUUAUUUAUAUGUUAAUGGCCUUCCUGCACCAUUUGCACAAAUGAAAUAUUCAUCCAGUUUAAAAGAAUAUGAUAAUAAAAUAGUUGAAUGUAUAUUCAGAGAUGGUCAAUGGCAUUUUCUAAAAGAAAGAUUAGAUAAAUCAUUUCCAAAUGCAAUAGAAACAGCUUGUGGCGCUAUUCGUGCAAUCCAAGAUCCGAUAACAAAGGAACGUCUUAUUUCUUUAGCCCAAAAUGUUCAAGCACAGCAACAACAUACUUCUGGACAAUAUUAA